AUGGAAGAACUUCUUCUCCGCGAUCAAAGCUGUCUACGGUCCGCCGACGAAGGGCACUGCUCCUCUCCUCAGCGCCGACGGCAGCACUCUCCUGACUGAGAAGACGCAAAUCCUGCAGCGAUGGGCCGAGCAUUUCCAGGGCGUCCUCAACCGCCCUUCCGUCAUCUCCGACGCCGCCAUCGCCCGCUUGCCGCAAGUGGAGACCAACGUGGACCUCGACCUCCCGCCAUCUCUCCAGGAGACCAUCAGGGCCGUGCAGCAGCUCUCCAGCGGGAAAGCACCCGGAUCGGACGCGAUCCCUGCUGAGGUCUACAAGCACGGAGGUCCCCAACUAAUGGAUCACCUGACUGCGCUCUUCCAAGAGAUGUGGCGUCAAGGUGAAGUCCCGCAAGAUUUCAAAGAAGCAACCAGCGCAAAGGGAAUCGCCAAGUCUGCGACAAUCACCGCGGCAUCUCCCUACUGA